AUGUUCUUCUUUUUCGUGUGCGGCGAGCACAAGUUCCGCAGCGAGGUGGACGGCUACCAGGGCCUGACGUGCCAGUGCCACAACUGCGGCAACUGGGCUGCCUCGGUCGUCAAGACGCACCCGUGGUUCACCCUGUGCUGGAUUCCCAUAAUACCAUUCACUAUCAAGGGCUACGUCGACGUCAGCUGCCGCGUCUGCAACUUUGCCCAGCCGCUCACGCACCGCCCGGACGUCCAGCAGAUGGCGGGCGGCGGCGGAGGAGAAGCGCCUCCGCAGUACCCGCUGCAGCAGGCUGGUCCGCCGCCGCCCCAGCAGCCGAUGCGAUAUGGUUAG